ACAUCCUAAUUGUAAUCUUCCAAAUAGCUAACUGAGUAUUAGCGAGGUUUGAUGGGUUAGCUAGCUAACUUAGCUAGCUAGCCAGCUAGGGUACCUUCCGUGUUGUUAUUGUGGGGGUUUUAAACUGCGCACACAAUGCGUCUGUGUGAUUUGGGAUGUGACCCGGGUUGUUGUGCAGUUGUAGUUUUAAGGCGAAGUGCACUUAUGAGCUGUGAUGUCAUGGCAACUGCCAGCGUGAAUAGACCUGGCAGUGCCCAGUCCACGGAGAAAUCCCAACUGACCUUGAAAGUUCUUUCUGCAAAGCCCCAGUCCCCCAAACUCCCUAACCGCCAUUCCCGGCUCAGCUCGUUCGUGGAGGUGACUGCCGAUGGCCUGACCAGCGAGACCAAGAAGACGGGCAAACGCACAGGGCACCUGGAGCUCCAGUGGAAUGAGGACCUCACCCUGAAUGUGACGCCUCAGAGUCGACUAGAUCUGAAGCUGUGGAGCUGCCACACCCUGAGGAAAGAGCUACUGGGCAGCGCCACCAUUGACCUGUUGGACACCUUACGUAAUCAUGAUGGCAAGAUGGAGAAUCUGCAGCUCAGUCUAGUCCUGCAGACGGAGAACAAAGGCUCAGUUGUAGCAGGAGGCGAGCUGAACGUCUGUCUGGACGGCCUGGUUGUUGAUCUGGGAUCCUUGCCCAAUGGCAGCACAGCAACAGACAAAAUGCUGCAGUCACACAGACCCAACUUGCGCAGGACACAGAGCGAGGAAACGCCCACCGCAGGCAGCCCCCGUGGCAGGACACACAGGCGCUCUCCGGGCAGCUCGCGGGCGACCUCUCCAGGUGGCCCCCGAGGGCCCCUCCUCACUAACGGAGAGGUGAACGGAGAGCAGAGCCCAGGGGCCUCUGGCCGCCACCGCGCCGCCAAGAGCUCUCACAGCAGCCCUGGCAGUGCAGGUAAGGGUGAGCUGGCCCCGAACGGCCUGGAGAAUGGGCGCAGUAGCCUGGCCCGCCACACCCCCCCUCCCUCUUCCCCAUCACUCAGGUCCGCAGCCCCUAGCAACAGCAUCCCCCCUGGUCCAGACAGCGGAGCCCCGCCCCCAGUCCCAGCAGAGACCGCACCCUCAAACCCGGACCAGCCCACCCCUGCGAUGGAGCCCGUGAUGGAUUCGCUGCCAGCAGGCUGGGAACAGCGUGUUUUGCCCCAUGGCAGGGUGUACUAUGUGGACCACAACACCAAGACUACCACCUGGGAAAGACCCCUCCCACCAGGCUGGGAGAAGCGGGUGGACCAGCGCGGGCGCUACUACUACGUGGACCACAACACCCGCACCACCACCUGGCAGCGGCCCACGGCCGAGUCGGUGCGCAACUACGAGCAGUGGCAGAGCCAGCGCAGCCAGCUGCAGGGCGCCAUGCACCAGUUCAGCCAGAGGUUCCUCUAUCAGCCGUCUGGAGUGCCUGCUGAAAAUGAUCCGCUGGGCGCUCUUCCUCCAGGCUGGGAGAAGCGUCAGGACAAUGGCAGGGUCUACUUUGUCAACCACAACACGCGGACCACCCAGUGGGAGGACCCCAGAACCCAAGGGAUGAUCCAGGAGCCCCCCCUGCCCCCCGGCUGGGAGAUGAAGUACACGGCGGAGGGCGUGCGAUACUUUGUGGACCAUACCUCCCGCGCCACCAGCUUUAAAGAUCCCCGACCGGGCUUUGAGUCUGGGUCCAGACAGGGGGGCUCUCCAGGGGCCUAUGACCGCAGCUUCAGGUGGAAAUACCAUCAGUUCCGCUUCCUGUGCCAUUCCAAUGCCUUGCCAAGCCAUGUCAAAAUUUCCGUGUCCAGGCAGACGCUCUUCGAGGACUCCUUUCAACAGAUCAUGAACAUGAAACCAUACGACCUGCGCCGGAGGCUCUACAUCAUCAUGAGAGGAGAGGAAGGCCUGGACUACGGCGGCAUUGCCAGAGAGUGGUUCUUCCUGCUCUCCCACGAGGUGCUCAACCCCAUGUACUGCCUGUUCGAGUACGCCGGCAAGAACAACUAUUGUCUGCAGAUCAACCCGGCCUCCUCCAUCAACCCCGACCACCUCACCUACUUCCGCUUCAUCGGACGAUUCAUUGCCAUGGCUCUGUACCAUGGGAAGUUCAUCGACACAGGCUUCACUCUGCCCUUCUACAAGCGCAUGCUCAACAAGAAGCCCACCCUCAAGGACCUGGAGUCCAUAGACCCCGAGUUUUUCAACUCCAUCAUGUGGGUCAAAGAUAACAAUCUGGAGGAGUGCGGAGUGGAGCUCUACCACGCUCAGGACAUGGAGAUCUUAGGAAAGGUGUCCACACACCAGCUGAAGGACAACGGCGAGAACGAACUUGUCGGGGAGGAAAACAAGGAGGAGUACAUCAGAUUGCUGACGGACUGGCGCUUCACCCGGGGCGUGGAGGAGCAGACCAAGGCCUUCCUGGACGGCUUCAACGAGGUGGUGCCCCUGGAGUGGCUGCGCUACUUUGAUGAGAAGGAGCUGGAGCUCAUGCUAUGCGGCAUGCAGGAGAUUGACCUCAGCGACUGGCAGAAGAACACCAUUUACCGCCAUUACACCAAGAACAGCAAGCAAAUCCACUGGUUCUGGCAGGUAGUGAAGGAGAUGGACAAUGAGAAGCGGAUCCGCCUGCUCCAGUUUGUGACGGGGACCUGCCGGCUGCCAGUCGGAGGAUUCGCUGAGCUCAUAGGGAGUAAUGGGCCACAGAAGUUCUGCAUAGAUAAGGUUGGGAAGGAGACAUGGCUGCCCCGAAGCCACACAUGCUUCAAUCGGCUGGACCUGCCCCCCUACAGGAACAUGGAGCAGCUGCGCGAGAAGCUGCUGUUUGCCAUCGAGGAGACCGAAGGGUUCGGGCAGGAAUGAGGCAGAAUGAGCAGAGCCAAAACCACAGCGAUCCCAAGAUAAAAAAGGAGCGGGAGAAAGAGAGAGAGACACGAGUGUUAACAUCACAGCCUUUUUUAUCCCCCGUGGACAAGGAGCGGGGCCGGGGAUUCUGAUGAGAAAUGUGUUUGAGCUCCAGGAGCAAAAGGCCUUAUGUUUGAGGGGAGGGGAGGGGAGGGGAGGGGGGGUGAGGGGGGGUGAGGUGAGCGUGAGACUGUGUCCUCAGGUGUCCUCUCCUCACCACGCAGUUGCAUUCCUACCACUGUAGAUCUAAUAGAAAUUCGCCCCAAAAAAAAAGUAACAGAUUUCAACACAACAAGAGAAAUAUAUUAUAACCAAUAGCAAAUCUCCAGACACUGCACAUCCACAGCUUAGAAUCAUAUCUAUAUAGAUGAAAUAAUUGGAAGCGAACACUAUGGUGUUAAUCGUGGUGAAAAUGAUUGGUGUGUGUGUGAGUGUGAGACAGAGAGAGAGAGACUCAGUGGGAGAGCAAGUGGAGUUAGUCCCCCUUGCGUAAAGGGAUAGCCUGGUAAAUUUUUGUUCUUGUUUACUGUUGAUUAUGACGUACGGCGCGGUCCUGUAUAUAGCUGAGGUAAAUGAGACUUGCAUCAUGGACAGCGGAGUGAAGCCAUGAUUCUACGAAAAGAAAAUCAUGUAUGUAAAUAUGUUGUUUGGUGAGUGUCUAAAGGAAUUCAGCUUUUCUAAAAAUCCAUUUUAGUCUCACAGUAUUAUGGUGAAAAAAACAAGUGAUUUUAUUGAGGAAAUAACUAUUAAAAGUUAUUUUGAAUGAAUAAAUGCUUCCAAUCAUG